AUGUUUUCGGCAGAUUCAUCCUUUAACGCCGACCAACCUGAUUUGUUUAAAAAUCUUACAAUUAAAGGCGGUUUUGAUAAAGUUAUUGAUGAAUUGCGAAAAAAGAGCGUGGAAGAUCAAACAAGAACUUUAUUAUUUAUUAGAUCUUACUAUAUUUUACUUUAUUUCAUUUUAUUUCCAAAAGAAUCUUCCACAGCAAUAUCUCACAAUGAUAUGUUAGAUGACGUUUUUUACGCAAGUAAAGGGACAGCUUCACCUAUCGAUACUUUAACAUCACAGGUACUUUCAGGCUUCUUAAAAGCCAUGUACGCAGAUCCAUUACUUCUAAUAAAUUCGAUGAAUAAGACAAAGAGUGUCGGUUCACUUAAUUUUUUAGCGUUUUCUACGUUUCCAGCUUUAUUCGGAUUUUUUUCCACGCAAGAGCUUUGCGAAUCAGCAGCGGUAUUCAUGAUUAAUCUAAUACAAUCUGGAGAAGACCAAAAACUCAUAGAAAAGUUCGUUUUAUCAAUAUUAUUUUCAUCAUAUUCGUUCAUUAACACAUUUUGUUCAUGUAUUUUCGCACGCCCUAUAUCAGAAACUCAUGAUGAAUCAUUUAUUCGAAAUCGAUUUAUUCAUUCAGUUACAACUGCUUUACCAAAUCUUCCAUCCCACGUUUACUUCGUAUUAUCAUCAUACAAUGGCAAAAAUCCGAAAAAAAUGCUAUCAAUUCUGCAAAAUUUUCUUUCAUUAACAUUUAAUAUUUGGCAAAGUGGUUCUCCAAUGGGAUUAGUCUCAACAACCAAAGUUUCUCAGUACAUUGAGUCCAAAGAAUGCGGCGACAUACUACGAAAACUGUUUUUUAAUAAAAUUAUUACAAGUUACGAAGCUCCAUCAAUUUGGAAGAGAUGUGGAGGUACAUCAGAGAAUGUUGUAUUUAGUCCAGUCGAUUUACAGAUAUUAGUUUCAGUUACUGCGAUGGCAAAGAAAAAUAUUCCGAUGUGGAGUACAAUUGAGAGUUCGGCCAAGAACCUUGGUUGCUAUAGGUUCAAACCAUUUACUAUUACGUUUUUCCAGAAUUCUAAGCGUCCAAUUCCAAGAUCAAGAGUAGAUUUAUUUGAAAUAGAAAAAACCGAAGAAAUUUUACUAUUAGAUGAUUACAUAACAGUUCGAUACGAAGCCGAGCAUAUAAAAUCCUUUCAAUGCCACGUGAAACAUUUAUUUGAUAUUAUUUCCGGAAUUUAUUUCAAAGAAACAGUCAAAAAGAUGUUUCCCAAGGUUUCUGUUGGCGACAUACCCAGACUUAUGGAGUCAUUUUGCUUCGGUUCCCCAGAAGAUUUCAAUUCUCUCACAAUUUUUUGUUCGAUACUUGUUAUUUGCGAAGGAGUUAUUCCAUCGAUACCGCCAAGUAUCGUAGAGUUAUUUCAUGCUAACGUUAUUGCAAUAAUGGACCAAACUUGGCAAGAUAUCGGAGAUUUUGUUGAUUACAAGUCUUAUACUAAUUUACUCCAUCUAUUGCCAACCUUUCCAGGCAUGCUUCUUGGAGAUGUUGUUGCGAAUUUGUCUUACAUUUUCAUGAACAUUGAUGAAAUUGUAGAUUUUAAAGAUACAGAAUUCGAAUUGAAGGUGUCGUUAUACCAGAUAGCAAUAUUCCUUGUUGAUAGAUCAUCAGUACUUAGAAUUUUCCUUUUAAUGAGAGAAUUAUUUUUCAAAACUGACAUACUAAGUAACUUUUUGCCAAAAAAAGUUUGCCAGCGCUGGAUGACUUAUGUAGCUAUAAUAGAUAAAGUUAUCUCCUCCGAUAAAGUUCUCAAAGAUUCUAUUUGCUCUAUUUCUUUUGUUAUUAGCUGA